AUGGAACCAAGAUCAAGAGAAACUACUCCUACAAAAGAAGAUUUGGAUUUUAUAGUAGAUGACGGCUAUAGAUAUGAUGAGGAUCCAGAUUAUAUUCCUAAUGAUAAAAAAUAUCUUUUAAGCGGAAAAGAUUUUAAAAAACUAACCAGGAAUGCUAAAAAACUUGGUGCUGAAUCGCUUGAUUAUUCAACACGAAAAAAUGAUAAAUACAUGGCAACGCUUUUAAGUGGAAAGAAAGUUCAUUUUGGGUCACCAAAAUAUCCAGACUAUCUUAUUCACAAAGACAAAGAUUGACGAGAUAAAUAUCUUUCUAGAGUGACAAAGAUUAAAAAUAAACAAGGUGAGUUAACUUAUACUAAUCCUGAAUCAUCUAACUAUUGGUCAGUUCAUCUUUUAUGGCCCAAAAAGUGAAUUAAAGAUUUGAUAAAAUAUAAUAAAAUGAGUUUAGGAUGUAAUGAUGAUAUUACUAGACCAUUUAACGAUAUUGAUUUAGAUGGUAAAAAAUUUGUUAAAUCUAGUGAUUUUUUUGAUAUAAUUGGAAAUAUAGAAAAAAGAUUACAAAAACUUGCAAUACAAUUUUCAGAACUUAGAUAUGAAAGAAAUAAAGAUAUAUUAUAUUUAGAUAUUGGUGAUUGUUUUAGAUUUAUUGCAAAUGAUUUGAAAGAAAUUAAAAAUGGUUUAAAGCAAUAAUUUUUAUAAUAAAAAAAUGCAGUUAUCCAGUUACGAAAAUUUAACCUCAGAGAAUAUUAUUUUUAAUGAACCUAAAGAGUAUAAAGUAAAAGACAGCAAAAUCAAAUACAAACGUAUUCCAAUUGAAGUCAAAUAUCCAAAUAACAAAAAAGGACCACUUGUAAUUGAAACUCCAGUUCUUUUUUCUUUUGGAGUAAGUGAGAAGAAAGACCAAGAAACAAAUAAGUUAGUAGUAUAUAGGUUAUAG